GGCGCCACAAUGCCACUGGCGGAGAUUCGAGCGACUCGAGCUGGGCUUGCUUCCUUUGUCGCAGCACUGUGCUGCUCGGUCCUGGACCUCCUCAGCUUUGGGAGAAAGUUAUGGAAGGACGAUGUUUCUUCCACACGAUUGUUUGAAGCCCGGGGUUUUCUGUUCAGACAGUGUCUGGAUUCCAGCUGAGUCAGGACCAGAUUCCGGAAAUGACAAAUGUUCUUUGACUUUAGCGGAUCCAUUGCUGACGAUGGCCGGCAACUUCGGUCUCUACAGCCUCUGCGAUUGUUGAUUGUUCGGAUGUUGUGUGUGGAGAUGGCUGAUGACGACGGGGCAUUCAUGAGUCCGAUUGUAAUUCGAGGUGAUGUGCGGAACUUGAGGUCACAUUCCUUCAGUCAUGGCCAAUUUCUGGCCAGUGAGUGUAUGCUCUCUUGUGGGAUUAAUUCUGAAUGCCUUAAUACUAUUAUCAGUCUCGAUUCGCUUGCUCUAAGGACGGAUUUUGUGUUGUCGUUCGAGGUCUAACAAAAGGGUCUGUUGUAAGGCUACUGAAGGUGCUGUACACAAGGUCUAUUCUGCUCGUUUUCAGUUCAUUGCCGACCAUCAAUCAGAUAUUUUGUGAGAAAAUUCUGGGCUAGAUUUUAACCUUGGCUUCUAGUGCUGUGAUAUGUGAAACUGAGAUGGGCUACAUAACGAAAGUAAGCUUCAUUGAAUCAGCGCUUUCAAGUGUAAGACGGGCUCCGUCCACUCAUUAGAGCAAUAUGACGAGCAUUGGCGAUAUGGCGUGAAGCUUAGUAGAUAACGUCUUGUCAAUUUUCCGCUCUGGCUCGUGGCACCUCGAAUAUCAGAUUCGCUUCGGUACGUACAUCAAUCAAUCCAACGCAGAAGACCAAACAUUGUUACACAUCGGGAGGACAUUGAGAGACGCAGAGAGCCAAGUGCAAAUCUGCGAGCCAUGAACGUAAGUGCCUGAAUCUGUGCCAUGUCAGGUACAAUUAAAAUUGCGGCAGCAACGACCCAAUUCGUGCUAUAAAUACUUCACAAAUGAGCCCUCCUAAGGCCAAGUGGAUAGCAGAGACCAUGAGAAGACCCACCCAAAGUUUGUAAUCCAUUCUUUCACUGGAAUACCAGUUUAGUUGUUUAUUACACACAUUUAGCAGCUGAUAAAUC